GUGCGCGCGGGGCCUGCCGGGAGUAGUGCUGCCGGCGGGUCAGGGUUCGGCCCAACAUGGCGGUUCCUGUCGGACAGUGACCAAGGCUUUGCCGUCGGGAGGGCUGAGUGGCGGUGGUCGGCGUCCCCACCUGCCAGGGUGGGAUGCAAAGCUUCCGGGAGCGCUGAGAGUGGGCAGGGACGGGCCCAGGCCCUGAAAGCCGAAGCAGCGGCGGCUACGCGCAGUCGGCUGCAGGCUCCGGAGUGGGGCCGCACCCGGCCGGGCAGGCGGCGGCGGCUGCGGCAAGCUCGGCUCCGUGGUGGGGCGGAGGCCGGGCGCCCGGCCGCGGCCAUGGCCCAGUGCGUGCAGUCGGUGCAGGAGCUCAUCCCCGACUCCUUCGUCCCCUGCGUCGCCGCGCUGUGCAGCGACGAAGCCGAGCGGCUCACCCGCCUCAACCACCUCAGCUUCGCCGAACUGCUCAAGCCCUUCUCCCGCCUCACCUCCGAAGUUCACAUGAGAGAUCCUAAUAAUCAACUGCAUAUAAUUAAAAAUUUGAAGAUAGCAGUAAGCAACAUUGUCACCCAGUCACCUCAGCCAGGAGCCAUUGGGAAGCUUUUGAAUGAUGUCGUUUCUGGCAGCCAGCCUGCAGAAGGAUCAGUUGCUAAUGUGAUUACAGCGGGGGAUUAUGAUCUUAACAUCAGUGAUCGGUCAAUUAAAGCUAGUGUUCCUUGGUACAGUAAUUGGAAAGACACUUUCAUGGAAUUGAAAGAAUCCUCGUUAUAUACAGCGACUACUCCGUGGUUUGAGUCUUACAGAGAGACAUUUCUGCAGUCCAUGCCAGCAUCAGAUCAUGAGUUUCUGAACCACUAUUUAGCUUGUAUGUUGGUGGCGUCGUCUGGUGAAGCUGAACCUAUGGAACAGUUUUCAAAGUUGUCACAAGAACAACAUCGAAUUCAGCACAACAGUGAUUAUUCCUACCCUAAGUGGUUUAUCCCAAAUACACUUAAAUAUUAUGUGCUUUUGCAUGAUGUAACUUCAGGAGAUGAGCAGAGAGCUGAAUCAAUUUAUGAAGAAAUGAAACAGAAAUAUGGAACUCAGGGUUGUUAUUUGCUUAAAAUUAAUUCUCGAGCACCAAAUCGAGCAUCAGAUGAACAGAUACCAGAUCCUUGGAGUCAAUAUCUCCAGAAAAAUAAUAUUCAGCACCAGGAAUCAUAUGAAGAUGGCCCUUAUACUAUGACCUCCAGUAAGAAUUCUGAUAGUAACUUGCUCUCAUUGGAUGGACUAGAUAACGAAGUCAAAGUAGAUGGUUUACCAAAUAACUUCCGAGUUCAUCCACUUCAAUUAGACCAGUGUGGUGACCCUCCUAAUACCGAUGGCUCAGAUCAUACAAAGUUUGCUUCAGUACACGAAACAAAGAAAGCAAGUACUGGAGUGAUUCGUGGUGCUUGUUUGACACUUACUGAUCAUGAUAGAAUUCGACAGUUCAUACAAGAGUUUACAUUCCGUGGCCUUUUACCACAUAUAGAGAAAACAAUUCGGCAGUUAAAUGAUCAGCUAAUAUCAAGGAAAGGUUUGAGUCGGUCUCUAUUUUCUGCCACUAAGAAAUGGUUUAGUGGCAGUAAAGUUCCAGAAAAGAGCAUUAACGAACUGAAAAAUACAUCUGGGUUGUUGUAUCCACCAGAAGCACCUGAGCUUCAAAUCAGGAAAAUGGCUGACUUGUGCUUUUUGGUGCAGCAUUACGAUUUGGCUUACAGUUGCUAUCACACUGCAAAGAAGGAUUUCCUUAAUGACCAAGCAAUGCUUUAUGCAGCUGGAGCCUUGGAGAUGGCAGCAGUGUCGGCCUUUCUUCAGCCAGGGGCUCCUCGGCCAUACCCUGCCCAUUACAUGGACACAGCAAUUCAGACCUACAGGGAUAUCUGCAAGAAUAUGGUGUUGGCUGAAAGAUGUGUGUUGCUUAGUGCCGAAAUUUUAAAAAGUCAAAGCAAAUAUUCAGAGGCUGCAGCCCUUCUAAUACGGUUGACAAGUGAGGAUUCUGAUCUCCGGAGUGCACUUCUCUUGGAGCAGGCUGCGCAUUGCUUCAUCAACAUGAAGAGUCCCAUGGUUAGAAAAUACGCUUUUCACAUGAUCCUGGCUGGCCAUCGGUUUAGUAAAGCAGGGCAGAAAAAGCAUGCUUUGCGCUGCUAUUGUCAAGCCAUGCAAGUUUACAAAGGAAAAGGAUGGUCUCUGGCAGAGGAUCACAUCAACUUUACCAUUGGGCGCCAGUCCUACACUCUGAGGCAGCUGGACAAUGCUGUGUCUGCUUUUAGGCACAUUUUAAUCAAUGAAAGCAAACAGUCUGCUGCUCAGCAAGGGGCCUUUCUCAGAGAAUAUCUUUAUGUUUAUAAGAAUGUAAAUCAGCUGUCACCAGAUGGCCCUUUACCACAGCUUCCCUUACCAUACAUUAACAGUUCAGCAACACGGGUUUUCUUUGGCCAUGACAGACGACCAGCAGAUGGUGAGAAGCAAGCAGCUACUCAUGUAAGUCUUGACCAAGAGUAUGACUGUGAGUCAUCUCACCAGUGGCGAGAACUCGAGGAGCAUGUUGUGGCUGUGGCUAAUAAAGGAGUGAUUCCAUCCAGUUUCUACCCCACACAAUAUUGUUUGAACAGCCACUCCGACAACUCCAGAUUUCCACUUGCGGUUGUGGAAGAGCCAAUUACAGUGGAAGUGGCUUUCAGAAACCCUUUGAAAGUUCCACUUUUGCUGUCUGACUUGUCAUUGCUCUGGAGGUUUCAGCCUAAAGACAUCAAUGGGAAAGACAUCGAAACAGUUAGAGAACGAGUUACAGGUGAACCUGAAAUGAUUGGAACUGAAGUUAUUUCAGAAUUCUUAAUUAACAGUGAAGAAUCUAAAGUGGCAAGACUGAAGCUCUUUCCCCAUCACAUAGGGGAGCUGCACAUUCUGGGAGUUGUGUAUAAUCUUGGCACUAUUCAGGGCUCCGUGACAGUAGAUGGCAUUGGUGCUCUUCCUGGAUGUCACACAGGAAAACACUCUCUGAGCAUGUCAGUCCGAGGGAGACAGGACUUAGAAAUUCAGGGCCCUCGACUUAACAACACGAAGGAGGAGAAGACGUCUGUCAAGUACGGUCCUGACCGACGUUUAGACCCUGUAGUCACUGAGGAGAUGCCGCUUCUGGAGGUGUUCUUUAUACAUUUUCCUACAGGGCUGCUCUGUGGAGAAAUCCGAAAAGCAUAUGUCGAAUUUGUCAAUGUCAGCAAAUGUCCUCUGACUGGAUUGAAGGUUGUGUCUAAACGUCCAGAGUUCUUCACUUUUGGGGUCAAUACUGCUGCUCUAACACCACUGAGCCCUUCCGCAUCUGAAAACUGCAGUGCUUACAAGACGGUAGUUACAGGCCCUGCCUCAGCAGGCACGGCACUUGUGUCUUUUGCGUCUUCUGGAGACUUUGGGACCAGCACCGGACAGCAGCCGGAGGCCAUUCCCGUCCCCCUUCCUGAUUCCGUGCUGCUUCCCGGAGCUUCUGUCCAGCUGCCAAUGUGGCUUCGUGGGCCAGACGAAGAGGGUGUCCAUGAGAUUAACUUUUUAUUUUACUAUGAAAGUGUUAAAAAGCAGCCUAAAAGACGACACAGAAUAUUAAGACACACUGCAGUUAUUUGUACUAGCCGGUCUUUGAACGUGCGAGCAACUGUCUGCAGAAGUAAUUCACUUGAAGAUGAAGAAGGCAGGGGAGGCAAUAUGCUAGUCUUUGUGGAUGUGGAAAAUACCAAUACUAGUGAAGCAGGGGUGAAGGAGUUCCACAUGGUGCAGGUGUCAAGCAGCAGCAGGCACUGGCAGCUGCAUAAAUCCGUGAACACUUCUGAAAACAAAGAUGCGAAACUUGCCAGUAGGGAGAAAGGAAAGUUUUGCUUCAAGGCAGUAAGAUGUAAACAAAAAGAAGCUGCUACACAGUCCUCCGAAAAAUAUACUUUUGCAGAUAUCAUCUUUGGAAAUGAACAGAUAAUAAGUUCAGCAAGUCCAUGUGCAGAUUUCUUUUACCGAAGUUUAUCCUCAGAGUUGAAGAAACCACAAGACCCGCUUUCUGCGCAUCCAGAGAAACCUGUAGAGGAUGCUGUGCGGCUGAUUCAGAAGUGCAGUGAGGUGGACCUGAACAUUGUCGUGUUAUGGAAGGCUUACGUUGUCGAAGAUAACAAGCAGCUCAUCGUAGAAGGCCAGCACCAUGUCGCUGUCCGCGCUCUCGGAAAAGAAGCCUUUUCACAGUCCCAGAAACAGGAGCCUCCAGAAAUGGAACUAUUGAAGUUCUUCAGGCCAGAAAACACUACAGUUUCCACAAGACCAUCAGUAGAGCAGCUUUCUAAUCUCAUUAAAACAAGUCUUCACUACCCAGAAUCAUUUCAUCAUCCAUUUCAUCAAAAAAGCCUUUGCCUAGUACCAGUGACCCUUUUACUUUCUAACUGUUCUAAGGCUGACGUAGAUGUCAUAGUUGAUCUCCGGCAUAAAACGACAAGUCCAGAGGCAUUGGAGACUCAUGGAUCAUUCACGUGGCUUGGACAGACACAGUAUAAACUGCAGCUGAAAAGUGAAGAGACGCAGAGUUUGCAACUGAAAGCUUGCUUUGUUCAUACAGGUGUUUAUAACCUUGGAACUCCAAGGGUAUUUGCCAAGUUAUUGGACCAGGUUACAGUAUUUGAAACAAGUCAGCAGAACUCCAUGCCUGCUCUGAUUAUCAUCAAUAAUGCCUGACUGCUGAGAGUCACAGAUGGAGCCCGACUCUGGCAUUAGUUUUACAGCGGCAUUUGAAAUACCCUCUUGUUACGGAAGUUCUCUCGUCCAUCACUGGAAAAUACUGGGACUUGGCACUUAGUUAACGCACAGUACACUGGGCUGAGAAUAGAAUUCCAUUUUGUUUUCUUUUAAAACUGGUAAUAAUUUACAUGUGCAUAAUACAGAAUUUCAACAUAUCCAUACACUAAUGAAGCCGUGUCUUAAAGGAAAAGCGUCGAAGUCUGCUGUUGCGCCGUGCGGAGUGGGAUAUGACUCUUGAGAUGAUUUUGAGGAGGGAAAGUCCUUGCCGGCAAGACCGCCACUAAGCCAUUAGUCUGCAGACCCAGCUUUACUGUGAAGGUCUAGAGUGUCAAAUACAGGUUUUCUUGCCUUGCCUCGCCUCAUGCAGUUCUGUAAGAUUGGUUUUGAACUUUGGCUACGGGCAUUCGUGUAGUCUGGUAUCCCGAUAGCUUAUACAUAACUGUAAAAAGAAAAGCUUUUCUGAUGCUUUGAACAUAGUUUUGGAAGGAAUUUGACUUUAUUCCCUCGCUCAUCUCUUAUUGUCACACUAUUUCACAAUAAGAUUUUUGUCAUUAAAUCAUAUUCUUUAUUAUAUAACUUUAACAAUUAAGUUGAUCUGUUUAAAAUAUAAAUCUACUCAAGUUAAAAAUAAGCUUUUCAAAAGUGUAUUAUAUUUAUAACAAAUUUACUGUAAAUAGAAUAAAGACAUACUAUUCACUGUAUAAAUUUAUUAGAUGCCUUUUUUAAAACCUAGCUUUGUGAGGACGUAAUAUAUUCUUUAUUUAAAAUAAAUGUCAACCGUGUACAGUAGGCAGUAGCCUAUUUUCCUGUGAAAGCUUCAUCACCAUUGUCCAAACAUGAAGCAUGACCUUUGCUCGUGAAGAGCAGAUGAAGUUUUUCUUUGCAUAUUCCCUGUCUGAUCCUGUAUCCAGUUCUGCAUGGUCUGGCCUCAUCCCAGGGGGAAAAUCAUCUGCUUCCUGCACCUGUUGUCUACAGCUGUACAGGCGCGCUGGUUAUGGACUUCCUGCUGGGAAGAAGUACAGCUUCUGAACUGAACAGGAAACAGCUCUCUAAAACAGUACCCAAUUGGUCUCUUACUGGUAACCAAAAUCCAGAGCAAAAUGCAGAGCUGGGAGGCUGGCAUCACGGGAACUUCUCUGCCUAGGGUCUGUUCCCUUCCGAAGAAACAGCCUAGAGACAGGCAGAUUUAAGGUGCUUAGAAGACAAGAUGUGUAAGUCAGGAGAAAUUACAUAAUUGAAGCAAGCAGAGAAAAAGGUUGAACUAGGGGAAAGGGAAGAGAACUGUUGAGUCUGGAAAGAGAAGAGGAACAUAGACAGUGUUAAGAGAACCUCACGGAUUUCCAGAUGAUUAUCAAAUCACAAUACUUCUGUCUGAACGCGUCUGGAAAAACUGCUCAAGGUGGAAGCAAAGGCAGACCGUCUAGGCCAGAGGCAGAUGCCUUUCCUCCCUCCCCAACAGCCUGCAGUACUAGGGCUGCCGCUCAGGACCUCCUGUGCUCAGACAAGUCAGCCCAGCUCUGCAAGAGCAGCAGCAGUUAAACCCAUAGUGACUUCAUAACA